AUAGGCCUGCAACUUCUUGUCUUGUACCCUUUGCUUAAUUUCCCUUUCCCUUGAAUAUUGUUUUCGCAGUUUUAAAGCGAUAAUUUGAUCACUACUGACGUAAUAGCUAGCUAGCUAAUCAUGGAAAUCUUUCAAGCCACAGCAGAAAAGAUGGAGAUUAAUCCCAAGAGAUUUACAACAUUAUUCUUUGUUGUACUUUUCAUAUCAUUUCCUGUUGCUUUCAUAGUUUCUUCAAUCUAUCGAAACUCAAGUUUCGCUAUUUUUUAUGAGGGGUUAACAGAAUCAUCGGCUCAAAACGUUACAAACAAUGGUUUUCCGUUGGGAGGAAGAGUCCACAAUACUACAUCGGAUGAUGAGAUUGAGACUCACUUAAGAACAAGACACAAUGAUACCGUGUCGGUGGUGUUGCCGGGCAAUAUUCAAAACGGUAGCACUGUAGAAGAAAGAGCUAGAACUAUGAAUAGUACUGCAUCAGAAAUAGAAGGCAAAGUAGAAAGAGGAACAGAUCGGAACGUAACUGCUGAGUUGCUGAAUGGUGGAGUUAAGGACCUGCAAGAGAGAUCCCAAAAUAAUUUCGCUACUGAAGGAAGAUCUGAGAAUAUCACAGCAGCAUAUGCUGGCUCGAAAAACGCUUCACUGGCAAGUUCAACAAAUGUGUCAACCACAGAACCUGUUAAUCUUGAUGACAAUGACAAACUGCUUGGGGGACUGUUAACUUCUGGAUUUGAUGAAGCAUCAUGCAAAAGUAGGAUGCAGUCCCAUUUGUACCGCAAAGCUUCUCCUCAUAAACCUUCUCCAUAUUUGAUAUCUAAACUACGUAAAUACGAAGAAAUUCAUAGAAGGUGCGGACCAAAUACUAGAGAUUACGACAAAAGCAUGAAAAAGAUUGUAAGCUCCAAGAACAAUGGUGCUGCUACCAAAUGUAAGUACAUUAUCUGGAAUACUGCCAAUGGUUUGGGGAAUCAAAUGAUUAGCAUAGCUGCAACAUUUCUUUAUGCCAUCCUCACUGAUCGAGUGCUGCUUGUAAAAUUUAAUAAAGACAAGCAUGGCCUAUUUUGCGAGCCAUUUCUGAAUUCAACUUGGAUAUUGCCGCAGAAGUCCCCCUUUAGUUCUUGGAAUGAACACAAUACCGAAACAUAUCAGACCAUGCUAGACAAGGAUAGGGCUAGCAAUUCAAAGAAGGGUUUACCAUCUGUUCUGUUUAUUAAUCUACAAUUCAGCUUCGAAAACCCUGAGAAAUAUUUUCACUGUGAUCAUAGUCAAGAUCUUCUCCGGAAGAUCCCUAUGUUGAUUCUGCGGUCUGAUCAAUACUAUGUCCCAUCUAUGUUCAUGAACCCAUUUUUCAACUUGGAGAUUGCCAACAUGUUCCCAGAGAGAGACAUUAUUUUCCACCAUUUGGGUCGCUACCUGUUUCACCCUUCCAACGAUGCAUGGGAACUAAUCAGCAGUUACUAUCAGGCACACUUGGCCAGUGCAAGUGAACGGAUAGGCUUACAGAUAAGAGUAUUUAAUGCUGCUACUACUCCAAAGCAAGCAAUCAUGAAUCUAGUUUUAAGCUGCACAUUACAGCAAAAGAUACUGCCAGAAGUGGAUUUGAAAACUUCAGUGUCUUCUGCUGGAAAAAACAUGACUACUGUAAAAGCAGUUCUUGUGGCAUCUUUACAUAAAGAGUACGGGGAUAAUUUACGGAGUAUGUAUCUGAAGAAAGCAACAGUUAGUGGGGAAGUCAUAGAAGUUUAUCAGCCAAGUCAUGAAGGGAAGCAAAAGUUUAAUGAUAAUGGGCAUAACCUAAAAGCAUGGACGGAUAUGUAUCUGUUAAGUUUAUCAGACGUGUUGGUGACUACCUCUCUCUCAACAUUUGGCUACGUUGCUCAAGGAUUGGGAAAUUUAAAGCCAUGGCUUCUCUACAGGCUAGUCGGUAACCAUAGCGGCGAUUUUCCACGCUGUGAACGGGAUUUCUCAACAGAGCCUUGCUUUCAUAUGCCUCCCAAGCAUUACUGCAACGGAGAGCCCAUGAAUGAUAUCGUUUCUUCUUUCCCCAAUUUGAGGGAGUGCAAGGAUUUAAGGUUUGGUGUGAAGCUGGCGGCCGUUAACGGUUCCAUGUAGUUCCAAUUGUAUCAUUUUGGUCAAUCUUUCACCUGUGUAAAGCCCUUAAAGCUCAUGGUUAUUCAUUCAACAAAUUCCUGCAGCACCCAGACAAAUAGUGCCCAAUUACAAUUAACAAGAUUUAUAUUAUGUUGUUGGACCGAUUAUGUAUUCAUAACUAUAGUCAUAUUCAUUUGUAGUAAAAAAAAUAACUAUGUCUAUUAAGUAAUGUACAAUUGUUAUGACUUGAAUUGAUUCAUAUUCUUAAUCA